CCUUUUUAGUAGGACUCAAAGCUUUUCAUAUUCUUGUUUCAAAUUUCAAACCUCCCUUUCUCAGUUUUCUCCUCCAUUUUUCUGUGUAAAUCAAUGGAGUUUCCGCCUGAUCAAAGCAACGGAACUGAGCCGAGUGAACGACGUCGUGUUGGACUGGUCUACGAUGAACGGAUGUGCAAGCAUUCAACACCUAAAGGCGAAAUUCAUCCCGAAAAUCCCGAUCGCAUUCGUUCUAUUUGGAACAAACUCACGUCUGCUGGAAUUCAUCAGAGAUGCGUGAUCUUUGAUGCCAAAGAAGUGGAAGACAAAUAUAUAGCUGCAGUUCAUACUAACAAUCACAUUAAUCUGAUCAAGACUAUAAGCUCCGAAAAGAUGGCUUCAAAAAGAAAUAGGGUGGCUGCUAGAUACAAUUCGAUACAUUUCAAUGAAGGUUCAUCAGAGUCUGCUUAUCUUGCUGCUGGCUCCGUGCUUGAGGCUGCUAAGAAAGUUGCAAAAGGGGAACUUAACUCCGCCUUUGCUAUUGUUCGACCUCCUGGACACCAUGCAGAAGAAAGUGAACCAAUGGGAUUUUGUCUAUUUAACAAUGUUGCAAUUGCAACCUGCUUUCUUCUUAACCAAAAAGAAUUAGGUAUCAACAAGAUAUUGAUUGUUGAUUGGGACGUCCAUCACGGAAAUGGUACUCAAAAGAUGUUUUGGAAAGACUCGCGAGUGCUGUUCUUUUCUGUUCACAGGCAUGAGUAUGGGAGUUUUUAUCCUACGGGUGAUGAUGGUUCACACAUCAUGAUCGGUGAGGGAGCUGGUGCUGGAUAUAAUAUAAAUGUUCCAUGGGAGAAUGGUCAGUGUGGGGAUGCAGAUUAUAUCGCUGUUUGGGACCAUAUAUUAAUCCCAGUUGCACGAGAAUUCAACCCCGACAUAAUUAUAAUCUCAGCAGGAUUUGAUGCAGCCAUUGGUGACCCUCUUGGAGGCUGUCGUAUCACGCCACAUGGUUAUUCUAUACUGUUGAAAAAGCUGAUGAAGUUUAGUGGGGGAAAGAUCAUCAUGGCAUUAGAAGGAGGAUACAAUCUCAACUCAUUAGCAAAUUCAGCAGCUGCUUGUGUGGAAAUGUUGCUAGAAGACAAACCUAUCGCUGAAUCCGUUGAGGUUUAUCCAUUUGAAUCCACAUGGAGAGUGAUCAAAGCGGUUCGUGAGGAAUUAAGUGCAUUUUGGCCAAUACUAGCAGACAAAUUGCCUGAAGAGUUGACCACCAAAGUAACACUACAACUUCAGUAUUAUAGCUCGCAAUCAGAAGAUGAAUAUGACGAUGGUCCAAAUUCAGGGGAUCUUGAAGAGGAUGUUACAAUACCACUUUCGAAACUGAAUCUCAGUGAAGACGUUGAUGGUGCAGAUAAAGUCACGACCGCCACUUCUUCUCAAGCCUGGAGAUCUGAGUUAUCGAAAAUCCAUGUUUGGUAUGCCUCUUUUGGAUCAAACAUGAGUGAGUCAAGAUUCCUUUGUUAUAUACAAGGUGGCCAGGCAGAAGGCAUGAAAAGGCCAUGUCGAGGGUCCGUGGAUAAAACGAAGCCAACAGAGGUCAUGUGGAAGACGGUUCCUCACCGUUUAUUCUUCGGUAGAGAGAGUACUGUUACUUGGGGUCCUGGAGGUGUUGCUUUCCUUAAUCCUGAAAUUAACAAUCAGGAAAAAACUUUUAUGUGCCUUUACAGGAUCACUCUCGAGCAGUUUAAUGAUGUUCUGCUUCAGGAAAAUGUCCGUACGGACACAAGUUCUCCUUUCUUUGACCUGAAUGCUUUGGAUUCCAUUGAAUAUGAAAAGAAUAUUUCUUUGGAAGCUCUCAAGGACGGUUGGUACCAUAAUGUUGUUUACUUAGGGAAGGAGAAUGACCUUCCAAUCCUAACAAUGACGUGCACUCAUGCUCAUGUUGAGGGAUUUAAGUCUGGGAAGAUACCAAUUUGUGCACCAGCUAAAGGAUAUGCAGACACCUUGGUUAGAGGACUUGUACAGGGGAAACAACUGUCAGAAGAUGAAGCUGUUGCUUAUAUACAGGAGGCUGCUACAAAACCGUUAUGAUUGCAACCUUAAAUCAUAUGUGUAUAUAUAUUAUUAUUAUUUAAACAAAAAGUUGCUUGAACAACUUGUCCUAGACCUAGUAGCUCUCAUUUCUCAACUUAGAUUUAUGCUUUUGACUUUCUCAAGUCAAAUGACAACUGUUAUUUUUGUAACUUGGUUAUGACUUUGUGCUUAUAUUAAAUUAGGGGCAUUUGUGGUUUGGUUUGAAACUA